UCUUGGGCCCAUCUCAUCGCCGGCGCGAGCGGUGGAAUGGCAACGGCAAUCCUCACAUCGCCUCUUGAUGUCUUAAGAACUCGGUUACAGGCCGACUUCUAUCGAUCCCAUCUCUCCCCACGCCAUAGUCUUCAUGGUAUGCCGCCUUCGAACCCUGGCUACCUCCACACAUCACUCCGCCACAUUCGCGAAACUUUCCAGAUCCUCUUCUCCAUCCAGCGCAUCGAAGGUUGGCGUGGUCUCUUUCGAGGACUAGGCCCUGGCCUUACUGGCGUAGUCCCCGCGAGCGCGAUAAAAUUCUACACAUAUGGUAAUUGCAAGCGGCUAGUAUCCGAAACGAUGAACUGGGAAAAAGAUGCGGCAGCAGUUUAUAUUAUUGCUGCCGCUACUGCUGGCGUGGUGACCGGGACAGCAACAAAUCCGAUAUGGCUUGUCAAAACGCGGCUGCAACUGGACAAAUCGCGGGCAGAGAAAGGAGGUGACGCUAUACGCCAACAGUAUAGAAAUAGUUUCGAUUGCGUUAUCCAGGUGCUGCGACAAGAGGGCUUCAGAGGAUUGUAUCGUAGCCUAAGCGCAAGCUAUUUAGGUGCUGCGGAG